UAGCUCAUCAUAUAUGUCGUAAUUAUUUGAGGCGGCCGGAAAUAGUUUAUGUUUUUGAAGGAAAGAGGAGUGUUCCGAAUCUUUGGUUCAGUUAUCUAAUGUUCUUUCUUCAUUCUAUGCACUGUUAGCUUUCGUAUUUUUACAGAGUUGUACCCUGCUAAUUUAGUGGAACGAUGUCGGUUGGACCUCCCAACCGAUCUUCUACCGGUUGGCCACGCCGUGGACUCAACCAGAUCGAAAUGAGCCCGCUGUCCAAACCUCUCACGCUGGAGAGAACCAUCAAUUUGUACGUGGCUAGCUAUAGCUAUGAAGUGCAAUUGUACCUGUUAUUUAACAGGCUAACAAACUAGUUACAUUUAAUUGUAAGUGUUGGGUUUCUAGUUAGUGUUUCUGAAUGUGAUGCAGUAACGUUAAAAAACAGGGCAACUACCACACACACACAGUACUCUUGCAUGUUGCACACAAACAUUUCCCAUUUGUGGAGUAAAGCCUAAUACGGAACCCAAAAUUACGUAGCUAGCUGCAUAAACUCUUAUCAAUGUGUUGACAAAUUUAGCUGUUUUAAUGUUAUGGUGAUUGCUCCUCACAGAUAUCCCCUUACAAAUUACACGUUUGGUACAAAGGAACCUCUUUACGAGAAGGACAGCUCUGUGGGGGCUCGAUUUGAGCGGAUGCGCGAGGAGUUCGAAAAGAUAGGCAUAAGGAGGGCAGUGGAGGGGGUUCUGAUCGUGCACGAGCACAGGCUACCACACGUUCUACUACUGCAGUUGGGGACAACCUUCUUCAAACUGUGAGUUGGUUUCUCAUCCUACCUCUGCAGAAUUAAUGUUGCUUUACAUUUUAGUCAUUUAGCAGACGCUCUUAUCCAGAGCGACAUACAGUUAGUGAGUGCAUACAUUUUCAUGCAUGGUACCAGUUGCUGUUCUGCUGGCAAACCACUGACUUAGGCCUAAUGUGUAAGCAUUUUACAAUGAAAAUGUUGACACUUCUAACUGACAGGAGCAUAGAUUAAAAUGUCAAUAAAAAGUGAUCAAGCUGUGUUUCUGAAACUGAAUUGUCUUGUGUGUGUGCGCAGUCCUGGUGGAGAGUUGAAUGCAGGUGAGGAUGAAGUGGAAGGACUGAAGCGAUUGAUGACAGAGGUAGGCUACAUGGUCUUUGUUCAGCUUGAUUGUAUCAUGGAAUUAGCACAGUCCAGUAAGGACAAAACCAAAAAGUUUUGAAACAUGACCUGAUCACCUGGAACAGUUGGCUAAUUGACAUCAAAACCAUUCCAUUUACUUUGGUGGAAAACUGGGAGUGGCAUAGAGGUUGGAAACAAUUUGUCAGCUCUGACAGGAUGAACUGGGCUUCUCACUAACCACGUUUCCAUCCAACCAUUUCAUGCGGAUGAAUUACCUGACGCAUUAAAAAAAUCACGACUGUGCUGAUGGAAACAUUAAAUGCCGGUACAAUUGUAUAAAUGCUGACAAUUUGUUCGUUCGACAUGGUGGGAUCUUUUUGUGUCUGUAUAAUUAAAUAUGCAAGAAAUGGCGGUGGAAACACCUUUAUGCGCAAAUAUUGAUAUACACUGAACAAAUAUAUAAACGCAAUAUGUAACGUGUUGGUCCCAUGUUUCAUGAGCUGAAAUAAAAGAUUCCAUCCACACAAAAACCUUAUUUCUCUAAAAUGUUGUGCACAAAUUAGUUUACAUCCCUUUUAGUGAGCAUUUCUCAUUUGCCAAGAUAAUCCAUCCACCUGACAGGUGUGGCAUAUCAAGAAGCUGAUUAAACGGCAUAAUCAUUACAGAGGUGCACCUUGUGCUGGGGACAAUAAAAGGCCACUCUAAAAUGUGCAGUUUUGUCACACAACACAAUGCCACAGAUGUUUCAAGUUUUGAGGGAGCAUGCAAUUGGCAUGCUGACUGCAGGAAUGUCCACCAGAGCUGUUGCCAGAGAGUUUAACGUUAGUUUCUCUACCAUAACCCGCUUUCGACGUCUUAGAGAAUUUGGCAGUACGUCCAACCGGCCUCACAACCGCAGACCACGUGUAAUCACGCCAGCCCAGGACCUCCACAUCCGGCUUCUUCACCUUUGGGAUCGUCUGAGACCAGCCACCUGGACAGCUGAUGAAACUGUGGGUUUGCACAACUGAAGGAUUUCUGCACAAACUGUCAGAAACCGUCUCAGGGAAGCUCGUCUGUGCUUUUUGUCCUCACCUGGGUUUUGACCUGACUGCAAUUCAGCGUCGUAGCCAACUUCAGUGGGCAAAUGCUCACCUUCGAUGGCCACUGGCACGCUGGAGAAGUGUGUUCUUCACGGAUUCAUCCUGGUUUCAACUGUAUCGGGCAGAUGACAGACAAGUGUGUAAGGCGUCGUGUGGGCGAGCGGUUUGCUGAUGUCAACAUUGUGAACAGAGUGCCCCAUGGUGGCGAUGGGGUUAUGGUAUGGGCAGGCAUAAGCUACGAGCAACGAACACAAUUGCAUUUUAUCAAUGGCAAUUUGAAUGUACAGAUAUACUGUGACGAGAUCCUGAGGCCCAUUGUCGUGCCAUUCAUCCGCUGCCAUCACCUAAUAUUUCAGCAUGAUAAUGCAAGGCCCCAAGGAUGUCGCAAGGAUCUGUACACAAUUCCUGGAAGCUGAACAUUUCCCAGAUUUUCCAUGGCCUGCAUACUCAACAGACAUGUCACCCAUUGAGCAUGUUUGGGAUGCUCUGAAUUGACGUGUACUACACCGUGUUCCAGUUCCCGCCUAUACACAGCAACUUCGCACAGCAAUUGAAGAUGAGUGGGACAACAUUCCAAAGGCCACAAACAACAGCCUGAUCAACUCUAUGCGAAGGAGAUGUCGUGCUGCAUUAGGCAAAUAAUGGUCACACCAGAUAUACUUUUUUAAAAUCCACGCCCCUGCUUUUUGUUUUUACAGUACCUGUGACCAAGAGAUGCAUAUCUGUAUUCCCAGUCAUGUGAAAUCCAUAGAUUAGGGCCUAAUGAAUUUAUUUCAAAUGAAUGAUUUCCUUAUGAAUUGUAACUCAGUAAAAUUUUUGGAAUUGUUGUGUUUAUAUAUACAUAUAUAUAUCGAAGUAAACUUGGAGUCAAGCGAUGAUAUGUUGUGAGGUCCUUCCACUACGACUCAGGAAAGCAUGCGGUUUAUUAGGCUACAGAUGAAAUAAGUUAUGAACUUCACAGGGUGGUGAAUAUGCAAGGUGAUGAGCUUGAUGCUUCUUUCCAAUAAAUAUCGAGGGUCUUAUUCUGGUGACAUGAUGAUCGAUGCUUGGCUACCGUUUGACAAAUACAAACAAUAUCGCACUUAUCCAUAAUAAUCUCAUAAUGUAGGUAAUGUAAAUGUAGGUAGCCUACCGGCACUGUAACAGCGAGCUGUUGGAUAUAGCGCAUGUGGCAAGACCAGAGUGGGCACAUCUGCUAUAUAACGCAACAGUUUUUGUGACAAAACCAUCAGUAGAGUUGAAAAUGCGAUGGAAACCCAUUUAACUUGUAUUUUUCAUUCAGCACAUGAUUUUAACGGUAAAGGUAAUUUUUAUGUGAACUACAUCAUUACGCACAGGCUUUUAUCCACAAAAAGUCAGUUUGAUGGAAACACACACUGGUGGGGGAAAAUGCGCAUAAUGUUUUAUUCACAUUUUAGAAUAUUCGCAUGACAAUCUGUUGCAAAUUGGAAGGAAAUUUAGCACAAUAAAACCACUUUGCCAUCACAUUCUAGGUAAAAGGGUUGAACUUAGCCCUUCUGAAUGGUAACACAUUAACAAGAAAUUGCAGAGUAAAACCACGAGUGAUGGAGAAGCUGAUUAUUUCAGUUUCAUUUUAGCUGGUUAACCAUAUGACUAGCCAGACUGCCUGUCUUCUGGAGAAUUCUGUGGUGGCAAACACUCAUGCAUAGUCAUAGAGACUGAUACUUGAUAUUACGCCUCAAUCACACCGACAGCGUCAUUGCAUUUUGGUACACCAGAAGUAUACUGAACAAAAAUAUAAACGCAACAUGUAAAGUGUUGGUCUCUUGUUUCAUGAGCUGAAAUAAAAGAUCACAAAUUGUCCAUAUGCACAAAAAGCUUAUUUCUCUCAUUUUGUGCACAAAUUUGUUUACAUCCCUGUUCGUGAGCAUUUCUCUUUUGCCAAGGUAAUCCAUCCUCCUGAAAGGUGUGCCAUAUCAAGAAGUUGAUUAAACAGCAUGAUCAUUACACAGGUGCAACUUGUGCUGGGGACAAUUAAAGGCCACUCUAAAAUGUGCAGUUCUGUUACACAACACAAUACCACAGAUGUCUCAAGUUUUGAGGGAGCGUGCAGUUGGCAUGCUGACUGCAGGAAUGUCCACCAGAGCUGUUGCCAGAUAAUUGAAUGUUAAUUUCUCUACCAUAAGCCGCCUCCAACGCCAUUUAAUUGAAUUUGGCAGUACGUCCAACCAGCCUCACAGCCGCAGACCAUGUGUAACCACACCAGCCCAGGACCUCCACAUCCGGCUUAUUCACCUGCGGGAUCAUCUGAGACUAGCCACCCGGACAGCUGAUGAAACUGAGGAGUAUUUCUGUCUGUAAUAAAGCCCUUUUGUGGGGAAAGACUCAUCCUGAUUGGCUGGGUCUGGUUCGGCAGUGGGUGCAGCCAUGGGUGGGCCUGGGAGGGCAUAGGCCCACCCACUUGGGAGCCAGGCCCUCCCAUGGCUGCACCCCUGCCCAGUCAUGUGAAAUCCAUAGAUUAGGGCCUAAUGAAAUUAUUUAAAUUGACUGAUUUCCUUAUAUGAACUGUAACUCAGUAAAAUCGUUGCAUGUUGCAUUUAUAUUUUUGUUCAGUAUACAUUCAUUUCCAAUGGAACGCUGCGUUUGCCUUGCAGAAUUGCGUUGCAGAGGCAGUUGCAGUGCGUUCUGUGUGGUGCAUAUGUUGGAUUUAUCGAACUUAUUCAUCAAAUUGUUUGUGUAGACGGCUUGACAGAAAUUGUAGCAGAAGGUGAAGGUUGAACUUUUGUUGCACACAUAUCCAGAUGAUGCUGCGUACCAUUUUGCGCAAUGACGCUGUUGGUGUGAUCGAGUGGUUAGUUUUAACAUGUUUGUGUUCUUCUCAUGUCCGUUACCAGAUCCUGGGUCAUCAGGAUGGGGUGAAGCAGGACUGGGAGAUUGAUGACUCUAUUGGAAACUGGUGGAGACCCAACUUUGAGCCCCCACAGGUGGGUGUGCUGUCCUUCCUGUCCUCUUACUCUAAUGGUGACUCAGAGGAGUCACCUGACCUGUCCCAGGUCUCUUGGUUUCCAUAGCCGUUCACACUUAUGCUGGCCUUUUGAAUUUGAAUGUAUCGAUGUCAUGAGAAUCCAUUAAGUUGUAUGUGUUUUUCUGUUUUAUCUACAGUACCCCUACAUCCCAGCACACAUUACCAAACCCAAGGAGCACAAGAAGCUGUUCCUUGUUCAGUUGCAGGAAAAAGGUAAGUUGAUCAGCCUGUAAUGUUUGACUGUGACAUAGUUCAUAUCGAUUGAUUGAUGUUGAUGGCUGUGGUUAUAACCUGUAUGUAACAGUUAAGCAGAUGAUCUCAUGUUGGUGUGUAGUUAUUAUGUUUAUAUACUCUGCAGUGUGUCUGUGAGUGGGUGUGGAUAUUGACCUGUUGUCUGUCUCCCAGCACUGUUUGCAGUGCCCAAGAACUAUAAGCUGGUGGCUGCCCCUCUGUUUGAGCUGUAUGACAAUGCGCCAGGCUACGGGCCAAUCAUAUCCAGUCUCCCACAGCUUCUGAGCAGGUAAGGUACUCCUGUAUAUUCACCAUAAUAUGAAAUACUGUACUUCAUAAGACAAAAUUCAAUUCAGUAAACUUGAAGAUGGACAGACAUGUGCAUUGUUUAUAGAUUAUUUGGUAUAUUCACAAUACAAACUUUAUUUUUCUUGCAGGUUCAACUUAAUUUACAAUUAAGUCCCUACAACCUGAGUGUGGUGAGCAGGGACUGUCUCUGUGAGUUCAGUCUGGGCAGAGGAAAAGGGGCAAGCUGGAUUUCACUACACCUACCUUUAAACAGAGUACCCAGUAGUACUACACAUUUGAAUAUUGAUCUGUAUAGAAAAUAAGAUGAUGUUAUUAAUCUUUUUCUGUCAACUUUUUUAUUCUUACAGAACUAUAACUUUGUGACAUGAAACAUUUUUGUAUUCACACAAAAGUUGAAUUUGUAUGUUUGUGUAGAUGUGUUAAGAAAAUAAAACCGUGUGUUUUUAGUCGUUGUAACAUA